CCGCUGCGGCCAGAGGCGAGCGCGCGAGCGACGAGGCAAGUGGGUGGGCCUUGGGGGCCGGCGAUGUUGUGGGGGCCGGUGCUGCUGCUUCUGCUGGGGGCGGCCGUGGGCCUGCCCGGCCUCCGCGACCAUCGGCAGGUGGCGCGGAACGUCACCCGCUUGCUCGAUGACCUCCUGGCCACCGACAGGUACGACAAGCGCAUCAGGCCCGACUUCGGAGGUCCGCCGGUCAAAAUCACCGUCAACAUGUACAUCAAGAGCAUCGGACCGGUCUCGGAGACGGACGAGUGGUAUGCGAUGGACUGCUACUUUCGUCAGAAGUGGUUCGACAGCCGGCUGCGGUUCAACCUCACCGGCCUCGACGAGUUUUCCAUGAAUUGGCUGUUCCUGGAGCGCGUCUGGAAGCCGGACACCUUCUUCAUGAACGGCAAAAAGUCGUACCUGCAUCGCAUCACCGUUCCCAACAAGUUCCUGCGGAUUCGCAGCGACGGAUUCCUCACCUAUUCCAUGAGACUGACCAUCAAAGCGAGCUGCAAGAUGCAUCUCCGUAAAUUUCCUCUCGACUCGCAGAACUGCCCGCUGAUGAUCGGCAGCUACGGCUACAGUGCGGCCGACGUAAUCUACGAGUGGCCCGACUCGUUGGAGCCCGUGGGCCUCGAGCCAGGGGUCAGUCUGGCCCAGUACGAUCUCGUCAACAUCACCACCGACACGGAAAACGCUCGAGACCAGCUCCGGGUGCGAAGAGCUGACAGGAGGAUAGCUGAGGACUUUUCGGUCAUCAGAGUUAACUUCCACCUGAAACGUAUGACGGGCUACUUCAUGCUGCAAGUUUACGUCCCUUGCACCCUGAUUGUCAGUUGUUCCUGGGUCUCGUUCUGGAUCGACCCUGACGCGGUUCCCGCCCGAGUUUCACUUGGUGUGACAACAGUACUCUCAAUGACCACAAUGGGCUUUGGAGGGCGCGCCCAGAUGCCCAAAGUCAGCUACCGAAUGGCCCUUGACUGGUUUGUCAUCCUGUGCUUCUCGUUCGUAUUUGCCGUGAUGGUCGAGUACGCAUUCAUCAACUUCAUCGACACUAUUACUGAAGACUUGAAGAAAAUCAUUUCCGAACGAAAGAAGCAAGCGCAGAAAGAGAAGGCAAUUCAACGUGCGCUGAUGGUUGCGGAAGAUGAGACAGGACACUUAUUAAGCGAGGCUGCAGAAAACGCGCCACCCCCGGAACUAGUGGGGGCCGCCCUGAUCACGGGCCCCCUGGCGGCCGCAGUCGCCGUGGGCGCGGUGGGUCACAUGGAAGAUCCGCCGCCGCCGUCUCCACCCCCAGACGGUAAGCUGCCCGUGGAAGACGACCUCCCGCCGCCGCCGCCGCCGCCUCCGCUCCCACCUCCCGAGGAGGCGAAGGAGCCGAACGAGAAGACGGACAAGGUGGAGGCCCCCCUGGCGAGCACCGAGGACGAAGUGAUCGAGAUAGAGGCGGAGACAGAAAACCCCGAGUCGUGGCUGCUCGAGUGCGCGUGUUCGCCGGUGCGGCGGAUGCGGCGGCUGCGGGGGGUGCACCUGCUGCCCACGGAGGCGGACGUGGUGGCCGCCGAGGGUGAGCAGAAGGAAAAGUUCUCCAACAUCGACAUCCAGUCGCGCAAAAUCUUCCCGCUGGGUUUCACUAUUCUGCUGACCAUCUACUGGGUGAUGUACAUGUACUACAUCACCGACGAAGUGCCCGAGUCGUGACCGCCUCCUCCUGCCCAUUCCCGCCUCCAGUCAGACGCUCUCAGUGCUCACGAGUGACUAACUAAGUCUCGAACAACUGCUGAUGCACGGACUGCCUAGUGCAGCUCACUCGCUCUCGAGUGUUAUUUAAAUUUACGGCUUUUUCUCUCCGGCACAAAGUUUUAAGAAGUUGCGUGCGCACCAAGUUUCCUGAAUGUUCUCACUACUCAAGCCUCUCACUCUCACACGUAAACACACAAGUACUUUUAAUUAUAUCUCAAGUUAAUUAUUCUGAGCGUAUAAACAAGAAAAAAAAGUGUAAUCCUGACCUGUUUUAAGUCGGGAACCAGUGUGCAGAACUCUCUUGUCAUCCAAUAAAAGCGUGCGAUGAAGCAAAUACUGCAUUUCUAUGGAUUUGUAUCAGCUUAUCGCCACAAACACGGAGCGCGGUCGUCCCCAGAAAAGUGCUUGCCUCCAAAUUUAUAAUUUGCCACAGCUUUUUAGUGGGGUGGCCAGAAAAAAGUGUUUCCUCAAUCUAUUUGUGCACAAUUGUUAGCAACAAUUAAAAAACUCGCCCAGGAAAAUUUGAAAAUCCCAUUUUAUAUAGUAUAAAAGUUCAUUUUUUAAAGGAGAAGAUACUUUUGAUUAAUUAAAUAACAAACUACUAGUCAUCCACCAGCUGCCAUAACUUUGGAUUGCCCAUAAUCAAUGUUAAAUGUGGUAGCAACGCCUGGCACGACACUGAUCAAAAAUGUUACAGGAGAAGCAUCGUGAGCUCGAUGUCUUAGUCCCUCUCUCUGUUUUAUCAUAAUUAAUAUUAUUUACUAAAUUAAAUCCAGUUCGUUUUAUUUCCAAA